UGCCUGAAACGGCUCCGAAUCGGUGCGAUUCCCGCGUGAGGCCUCCAAGUUUCGUGGCAACUCCCCGCGAAUGUGUCUCGGUGGGUGUCAGCGAAGGGAACUUGAGGACAGUAUCGAACGCUCGACCGGGGGAGUAACCGUUCGAUUGAUUGACCGACCGACUGACUGAGCCGCCGACUGACAGAUCGUCCUGUCAGCCAGCCAUUCGUCGACAUGUCUCUACUCUCGGACUCUGUGAUUCUGCUUUUUUCGGGAUGCACGUUCUUCGCCGGAGGAUCGAUAUUCUUCAUGAAACAACUAUUUAAGAAUUACGAAAUUCAGAACCGACUCGUGCAACUGCAAUUUUCGGCCGUCUUCACGCUGUCCUGUCUGAUGUUCGAGUUGAUCAUUUUCGAGAUCAUCGGUUUUCUCGCAUCGACGUCGCGCCUGUUCCACUGGAAACUGGUUCUGUUCAUGAUGCUGGUGAUGCUCAUCGUGGUCCUGCCUUUCUACAUCGGCUGCCUUGUGAUUCAAAACGCGACUUUCAUCCAAAAACAGAGACCUCGGAUCGUUCUCGGUGUCAUAUCGUAUUUCGUGUUCCUCUUCGCCUUCUGGAAGAUCGGGGAUAACUUCCCGAUCCAUAACCCGAAGCACGGAAUUUUCGGAAUGGAACAGAUAAUUUCCCGGGUCGGUGUCAUCGGAGUUACAGUGAUGGCUCUGCUGUCUGGUUUCGGAGCCGUCAACUAUCCGUACACCUCGAUGGCCUACUUCAUGAGACCCGUUACGGACUCGGAUGUGGACUUGCUUGAGAAGAAGCUCAUUCGAUUAAUGGAGAGAAUAGUAACGAAGAAGAAACUCAUCGCACAAGGUCUAAAGAGCCAGGCUGCCGCCAAUCGAUCCUUCUCCAGAGUCCUCUAUGAUGCGAUGUGCAGCGUCGCGGGAGCCGUCAGGCAACCGACCGAGGAUUUGGCGAAACUCCGUCAGGAAGUUCGCGGAGAAGAAGAAGUAUCGCGACACUUAUUCAUCGAGUGCGUCGAUCUGCGCGGGGCGCUCGAGCGGAUACAGUGGUCGAAAACUAUCAGAGGUAGAUACUUCAACUUUAUCGGCUACUUUUUCUCGGGCUAUUGUGUAUGGAAGAUCUUCAUUUGCACGAUAAACAUCAUCUUCGAUCGAGUCGGCAAAGUCGAUCCUGUCACGCGAGGUAUGCAAAUCGCUGUCGAUUGGGUCGGCCUAAACGUCGACGUGAAGUUUUGGUCGCAACAUAUUUCCUUCUUCCUCGUCGGAAUCAUCGUCGUUACCUCGAUCCGAGGCUUUCUGAUAACGCUUACGAAAUUCUUCUAUGCGAUAGCGAGCUCUAGAUCUUCGAACAUCAUAGUCCUGCUGCUCGCUCAGCUCAUGGGCAUGUAUUUUGUGUCGUCUGUGCUACUAAUGAGAAUGAACAUGCCAGCUGAAUACCGGAGUAUCAUUACCGAAGUGCUGGGCGAGCUUCAAUUUAGUUUCUACCACCGAUGGUUUGAUGUGAUUUUCUUGUUCAGUGCCUUGUUCAGUAUCUUCUUCCUCUACCUGGCUCACAAGCAGGCUCCUGAAAAAGACGCAAUUUUGUAAUGAGGCCACGUCGGGACGACGACGUCGACGGAGCCCGGCCAUCCGAUCCUCUGAGCGAAGAACCCUGCGUAAGAGAUGAAACCUAAGACAUUCGCUCGAGCCGCGGUGCGUUAAUUAUACGAGAUGAGCCAUUGUACAGUAGACGUUAGCGAGUAAGUAACUCGCCGUGAAGAGAUCGGUCGUUGACGCAAGCAUGUUUGUAAACCAGGAGAAUAAUACAUGGAAGAAUGUUGUUGAUCACGGUCGAA